ACAAAGGCUUGAAAUACAAUAUUAUCCACAUCCUAGGCUUUCUUAUCUUCACUGUGAGUUCAGAAUCACAGAAUGAUGGGAUAAUGUGGGCUGAAGGGGACCUCAGGAGCUCCCUGCCCUCCCAGGCUCAGCUCUGGGGUCAGGCCAGGUUGCUGAGGGCUUGAGCCACCUGAGACUUGGAAAUCUUCAAGUCUGAGGACUUGUCUUCCAAGGCUGAGGACAGGACAUCCUCCCUGGACAACCUAUGACUCUUUGAAUGGUUAAUAUGAUAAAUACAAAACAAAAUCACAUAAAUAUUCUCAUGAAUAUGGUGACUUGGAUACCACUGGUCUAACAUCAUCAAUGGUGUUGAAUUUCUUUCUGUGUACUCAUUUGUUAGUCUGCGUGCGCUGUGUACUUCUGCAUUUCACUAGAUGCUCCCAACGCAGCUCUCACCACUCCAUCCUCAUUAGAUCUGCCUUCAUUAUAACUCCAUGCUUGUAUUUUGCAAAUCUUAUUUUUACAUCCUGCGAUCUGCGGGGCUGUUUUGUCUCACAACAGCUUUACUGUGGUUGCACCCCCAAACUGUAGGCCCGCAGAGAGGCAACUUUCCCCACAGGAUUUUUGCUGGCAGCUUGGCAGAAGCCUUCCCUUCUUCGUUGCUGAUGCACAGCUGGAAGCAGGAAAAUUUCAGUCAUUAAUUCUGCUUUGUUUCAUUCUGUCUAGAACCGGAGUUCUUUCUUAAUCUUUCUAUGCUAUCGUUGGAUGCCAACAGUGAAAAAGCCCGACCCAGCCCACUUGGGAAGCAGGCGGGCUAGGAACAUCACAGAGGAGCGCUGAACCCAGCUCCUGGCUGAAUCCGUCUGAGGUUCAGGGUGGAGAUCUGCCCUGCAGGGAGCACAGCGAUGGCACUGCUGGCUCCUGACCGCGUUCCUGCGGGGAUCUUCGACAUCGUGCUGCGUGGGUCGGUUGCACGAGCGAUACCAGAGAUGUAGAACUACGAAGAGGAUCCCGGUACGUGCCAGAACUUCUGAAAAGUAACAGAAGCGUUGCAAGGAGCGACAAAAGCCAAACCAGAGCCACCCGCUAGCAUCCCAGCCGUGCUAAAGUUAACGGUAACGCGCCCCGAGGUGCCAACAGCUGUCUUCUCAACGUAUAGAGCACAGGGACAGCCGCUCGUUUCGUCUCGCUGCCUCUCAGCGGGUCUGAAGCACCCGGUGCCGCUGAAGGGGCACUUUCAGGUUUUUGGCACGCUUGAUGUCUUUGAGGUCAAGUGCCUGUCCGAUUUAUUGGCUCACAUCAGCAGUGAAAGGAACACAGCUCCAUUUUUCCAUCCUUGCUGAAGGCACUUGUGUUAGAUGGUAUUUUGUUGCUCACAUUGGACAAGAUAUAAAUGGUGUGUAAAGGUUCUGUAGGGCAGAAAUGAGGUGGUGUGCCUGCUAGCUGCUCCCUGCAGGCUGACAGCUUUGGAUUUUUCUUUGGACUGCCUAAAAAGCCAUGUCUCAAGCUGUGCAGACCAAUGGGACGCAGCCUUUAAGCAAGACCUGGGAGCUCAGCUUGUACGAGUUGCAAAGAACACCUCAGGAAGCGAUCACCGAUGGCUUGGAAAUCGUGGUGUCACCCAGGAGCCUGCACAGCGAACUCAUGUGUCCCAUUUGUUUGGAUAUGUUAAAAAAUACCAUGACGACAAAAGAGUGUUUGCAUCGUUUCUGUGCUGACUGUAUCAUUACAGCCCUCAGGAGCGGCAACAAAGAAUGUCCCACGUGUCGUAAAAAGCUGGUGUCAAAAAGAUCGCUGCGACCUGAUCCCAAUUUUGAUGCUCUCAUCAGUAAAAUUUAUCCAAGCCGUGAUGAAUAUGAAGCACAUCAGGAGAGAGUGCUAGCAAGAAUCAGUAAACACAAUAACCAGCAAGCUUUAAGUCACAGCAUUGAAGAAGGACUAAAGAUUCAGGCUAUGAACAGGUUACAGAGGGGCAAGAAACAACAGAUUGAGAAUGGCAGUGGAGCAGAAGAUAAUGGUGACAGUUCACACUGUAGCAAUGCCUCAACACACAGCAAUCAGGAAGCAGGGCCUAGUAACAAGAGGACCAAAACAUCAGAUGAUUCUGGGCUAGAACUGGACAAUAACAACACGGCUGUGGCCAUAGACCCCGUACUGGAUGGUGCCAGUGAAAUAGAAUUAGUCUUCAGGCCUCAUCCUACCCUCAUGGAGAAUGACGACAGUGCACAGACGAGAUACAUCAAGACCUCAGGCAAUGCUACUGUUGAUCACUUGUCCAAGUACCUAGCUGUGAGAUUGGCUCUGGAAGAGCUUCGGAGCAAAGGAGAAUCAAACCAGAUGAAUCUUGACACGGCCAGUGAGAAGCAGUAUACUAUUUACAUAGCUACUGCCAAUGGGCAGUUCACUGUAUUAAAUGGGUCAUUCUCCUUGGAGCUGGUCAGUGAGAAAUACUGGAAAGUGAACAAACCUAUGGAACUGUACUAUGCACCAACGAAGGAACAUAAAUAAGCUGUGUUGGAAAACUGAGAUGGGACUAACUCUCUUUUUAUAGCUCUGACUUCUUUAAUAUUAAAAGAAAGCACCGUCAUUAUCUGUAUGGGCAAUACAUAUGUGAUGCCUUCGGGCUCUCUCAGUAUACUUAUUAAUAUGAUUAGACAGUAUUCUUGACUGUAUUUAAUUUAGACUUUUUUUGGUUGUUUUUCUCUAGUGCUUGACAUGCUUUUGUUCCCAGUGUGUGAUAACUGAAUGAGUGUUCCAGUUUGGAAUGUCUUAAUUUUAUCCAGGUAAAUCUGGAUUUCUAAUACAUUUGACACAGUUAUAGUAGCCUCUGUGAAGUACUGAGCAUUGGAUGGCUAAGUCAGUCUAUUCAAUAGUAAUGUAUGCCAAGGAAUGUGUUAAAUGUUGUAAUUUGCUAAUGGUUAUCCAUAUAAAAGAUGGUAGAAAAUUGAUUUCUGAUAGUCUUGCAACUAGAGGAGAUCUCAUUCCCUAGGAAAGAUGAAUUAUUCAGUCUUUAAAAAAACAAAAAAACAAAAAACAAAUACAGCUAUAAUGAGAAAAUGGACACUUUAAAAACCUUGCUACUUACUGAGCUUCAGUGCAAGGUGAUUCCUGAGGUUGGUUUGCCUUUUAACAGUCAAAACAAAGCCAACUAAACCCCAAACCCUUCUCUCUGUAGAAAUUCCAAUCUUGGUUCACACUGCAGUUUGCCAUCUGACUCCUGUUGCAGUGGUAAUCCUGUCCUCACAAACUUAGUCAAAAUGUUAUGGAAGUUUUGCAGCCCUACUCUGUUCAAUAUAAUAACAGUUUUUCAUUGAGAAUGUAUCAGAACUUGCUGUAAAGAAUCGUCUUAAAUGUCUUUUGAAAGCAAAUUCCUUAAAUUCCAGCACACUGACAUAAUGCGAAUGACAUGAAGUGAAAUAUUUUGCUUUACAGAAUUCUUGCUACCCAGCUGUGAGCUUAUCUCAGCUUCAGUUUGAGUAGGAAGGACUUCAACCAUAAGCUGCUCUAAGAUUACUUUUUUUUUUUUUUGGCAUAGCUUUAACAAAUGUGGCAUAGCACUUUGGAAGAAAAUUUUAGUACUUGACAAAGUUUACCAUUUAGUGUCUUAAAUUUAGGUUCAAGUUUUAAAACUUGGCAGUAGGUUGUUGUGUGAAGGCCAGUAGCUGCUGUUCACGUGCAUGUUAAACUUCUCUUCCCUGGCACUGGACAUUGUGGUCAUGUCAAUGGGGGUUGCUUUGCCUUUAGCAUUCUGUCUGACUGGAAAUGUGUUAUGGGAGAUUGACUGUACUGUAAGACUUCCUGAGGAAGCCUCCACACAUUUGCACCUAAAGCUUGAAGCAAAAAAGUUGAUCAAAUUAAUGAGAAGCAACAUCCUCAACCAUGUCUGGCAUGGCUGCUGUGCCCUUGCCUGCAGUCAGAAUGAAGAUGUGGAGUGUGGUACGUUAGCAUUCAGCUGCUUGGGGACUCUCCUGGGCGGGAAGGACCCUUGUAUUGCUUCAGUCUUUCAAGACUCACAUUUGUAAAUAUGUGUUUGUUCUGACUGCUGCUUCAGAUCAGCUUUAUCCCCACGUGAAAGCUACGCAAGUCGUCUUUGAGUAAUUGUUGCCUCUUGGAAGGGCAUGUUUCUUCAUGACUGUAGAAUGGAAGUAUUCAGGCCCCAGAAGGCUGGGGGAUAAAUUUAAUUAAUCAUUACCUUCUGUUGAAGUGUUGGAUCAUACAGAGAAUUAGUGCAUGUCUGCUGACUAGAAACCAGAGGGGCUCGGUGUGUUGUCAUUCGAAUUGCUUUAAAAUUUACAUAGAAAGUUCUAGAUGAGUUGCAGCACACCUUCCAAGGGCAACAGCAAAAGUAACAUCAGUCUCUUGAGCAGGAGAGCUGUCACUGAAGCUGAGCAGUCUGUUUAGGAACAAUCUGUCACUUUGUGCCCAGUUCUUUAGAUUGUAUGGGAGAAUGUGAAGCUUUUAUUUUCCUAUUAAUGUUGUAGUGAAUGUACGGAGUAUUUAUGUUGUCUAAAUAAUCUAUAUAAUGUUGUUGUUUGAUUAAACCAUUGAUUGCACUGUGA